GCGCGCGGCGCGGUGUGGAGCCGAGAUGUCUGUUGCCGAGCGCCUCCAUUGCGAGGCGUCCACAAGAUAUCGACCCUGCAGGCCGAGAGCAAGCGAGCGAGCGACCGCGGUCCUUGCCCAACCGGACGCAGCGUGCGUUCUCACAACACAGUCGCGGCCCCACGCAAUGAUCGUCCCUGAGCUCUAGCCAUGCUGGAGAAGAAAGAGAGCGGCCCGCUGUGCGUGGCUUCGCGGUCCUCGGACGAGCAGCCGUGCUGGCUGGACAGCGAGGGCGAGGAGAGUGGUCUCCUCUCGUGCCGGCUCCAAUUGGUCGAGUCGGUCAUGCCGCCCGAGAUCAUCUACUUUGACGAGAUGGGCGACAAGUGCUGCAUCUCGUCCUCCUCUAACAAGAGCGAAGAGCCCGUCGAGGAGGAACCGUCCAACCUCGUCCUCCAGGAGGCCGGCUCGCAGCUCAUGUUUCCGCUGGAGGUGGCCAUGCAGGUCGAUGAGGAGGACGAGGAGGCAGGCCGCGUGUGCGGCUCGCUGCCCGAGCUGCCGCGGGUGCCCAGCACCGCCAGCACGGCCGCCUACGAGCAGGCCAACAAAGGGCCCAGGGCAGCGCAGCCUCCGAUGGUGCUCGGCUCGGCCCCCGCCGCCCCCAUCUCAAUCAGCAAGGGCAUCCUACACAGCAGCGGUAGUGCAACCAAAAUCAACCGGAAGAACUCGCAAGUGUGUUUCCGCGAUGACUGCGAGGCCGACAGCCCGCUCCUCGCCCCCAGGCAGCUCAGCGCCGGCAACCAGCCACCAGCGCCUCUACCAAUAAAGUAUGCGGAAGAAGACGAGUACGAGCUGGUGCCCCCGGACGGGGGCUGGGGAUGGUUAGUGCUGGCCGGCUCAGUGCUAGUCAACAUACUGGUGCCCGGCACGGUCAAGUCAUUUGGAGUGCUGUUCGUCGAGUUCCUCGAGGUGUUUCAAGCCAGUCCGGCGGCCGCCGCGUGGAUUCCGGCCCUCUGCUACUUCCUUUACAGUUCGCUAGGCCCGGUAGCCAGCGUUUUGUCGGCCAAGUUCUCUUACCGCACCGUCACCAUCUUGGGUGGCCUUUUCGCCGCCUUUGGCAUGAUCCUAAGCUACUUUGCCAACUCCAUCGGAUAUCUCUACGUUAGUUUUGGCGUUUUGGUUGGAACUGGAGCUGGACUCGCCUUUCCACCUGGCGUUUUCAUCGUUUCUUCUUACUUCCAAAAAAGAAGAGGCCUCGCGAACGGAAUCUGUAUAUCAGGCAGUGCAAUAGGAUCCAUCAUUUUGCCGCCGUUCCUUAGACACCUCCUCACAAACUACGGAUACAGAGGUGCCGUUUUGAUUAUGGGCGGUAUCACAUUCAACGUUAUAGUCGGCGCACUGUUUUAUCACCCGGUGAAAGAGCACAUGAAGAGAGUGAAAAAGGAGCGUCCCGAGAGUGAGCAGGACGAGACAACGGACGCGGUCGCCAUCCAGGGCAACCUGGAGACAAAGCCGCUGGCCAUCCAGGCGGUGGCGAACAGUCCCCAGCAGCUGGCCGUGUCGCAGCCGAUCAGCAUUCCGUCCAUUCCGAAUGAGGCGCAGUCGUGUCAUCCGCAGAUGCUCUUCUACUUCGAGGGCAGCCCCGAGCAGGACAACGGAGACUGGAUGGCGGCGCAGAGUGCCUCCUUCCUCGGUCCCAACAUCGACAAGGCUUCCGUGGAGAACAGUCCGAGCCCGCUGGCCCUUCGGGACGUCAUCGAGCAGCAGCAGGGCAACGAGGGCAAGAAGCUCGACUGGGACUUUUUCAGCACGCUGCCCCCGGCUAAACAGAGACUGCUCCGGUUGUCCCUGCGGCCGGCGCACAACCAGGCCGUGUCCGCCACCAUCAGUGGCUCGUCAAACCUGCAGCACAGCUUGUCCAGAAGCUUCAGCUCGAACGUGUCGCUUUCCUCAUUCAGAUACAUCAGUACAGUUCACCAUGGAAGCACUUUAGCCGCCCUGCAGCAGAAUCCUCGUGAUAAUGAAAUGUUCGCCUCCACCCUGACGUUGAAAUCAGUGACCAAAUCCUGCUGGGACUCUUUCGGCAACUGUUUUAGCUGUUUUUCACGCAAGAAAAAUAAGAAGACGGAAAAACCACCGAUUGAUGAUGACAAGGAAGGCUCUGCAGACUCGACAACCAAGUUGCUGGACCUUUCCCUUUUGAAAGAUUCCCUCUAUUUGGUCAUACUCCUGUCAAACUCAACAAACGCGAUCGGGUACACGAACUUCAUCAUCCUGCUGCCCGCGUACGCGAUCAGCCUGGGCUGCGACAAGGAGACGGCAUCCCUCCUACUCUCGCUGGUGGCCGCCCUGGACUUGGUGGGCCGGAUCGGCGGCUCUGCGCUGUCGGACCUGCACUUCAUGCCGCGCAAAUACUACUACAUCGGCGGCCUGUUCCUUUCGGGCCUGAUCCUGGCUCUGCUGCCGCUGUUCGCGUCCGCCGGCUACGUGUACCUGGCCGUGGCGUGCGCCAUCUUCGGCUUCGGCUCAGGCACCUACGUCGGUGUGACGGCCGUGCUUUUCGCUGACAUGCUGGGUGCCGAGCGACUGGCGUCCUCGUUCGGAAUCUCCCUCUUCUUAAACGGCGUGCUCCAGCUGCUUGGGCCGCCUGUCUGCGGCUACGCUCUGGAGAGGCUCGGCAACUACUCACUCAUCUUCACCACCCUGGGCAUCGUACUGCUCGUGGGGGCAGCCAUGUGGGGCCUCAUCCCGCUGAUCGAGCGUAAGCGGCAACGCGAGAGCGAGCAGGCCGCCGUUUGAAUUUUGAAUGCUCCCUGAACGCUUCAACCGUCCACGAUGGGUGGCCUUUGCUAACGGCUGACUUUGAGCUGGUUUCAAUUUUCAGUGUUUCAAAUAAUAAUCAAAACGAAACCACCUUGCCUGGAUGAGUUGAAGGGUUUGCGGACUCUUUAAGAGGCGCCUGCGGACUGAAGUGGGUUUUUGACGCCCUGAAAGGGAAUUUUUACUCGCUUCUCUCCAAGUGCAUGCCUUCAGUGCUUACAAAUAUUAAACUCUUCUGACUUGUUGCGCUCGGCAAACAUUUACGAGCGUGGGCGAGGGUUUAUUAAAUUUUAUGACUGUCAGCGGGACCUUUCUGAAAUCGCAGGCUUGACACGAUACAUUUUGUUUGAGUGGACGUGCGUACCAAAAAGACAUGAUGAAAUUCGGCUAUAAUUUAAUAAAGCUUAAUUUCGCUCGCUCGCCCGCCGCCCGCGGGCAUAAAUUCAUUUCAGAGAGCGUCCCGCUGCUGAUUUCUCUUUGUGCUUGUACAUAUUAAAAAGUUUGAAAAAAUGGGAAAAAACGAGUGCAAUAACGUUCAAUUACAUGAGCAGAAGACAGAGCCAUGAUGUAUCUCAGGAUUACAGUACUACACGUAGGCAAUGAGACUAAACUUUUCGCGCGACUUUGACGUAGGCUGUGCUAAAUUGAAUGGAUGCGCGUUCGCUUGGCCUUCUUCCGGACUCGCGGCGUUUUGAGCGACCAUUUCACAGGCUUAGGGCUGGACUAGUUUGUAGGUUUUGUCCUUAAAAGUAGACUUUUUACAAUUUAACUCCCCGAUGCUCCUCAACGUAAGACUCCCAGUCCUGAGCCACUUUUUUCACAGGUGAUUUUUUGUUAGUUGCCAAGAUUCGUGCAGGAUUGCACGCCAUAUAUUUCUUUAUUAUUUUAUUAAAAAUAGACAAACAUGAGAUGCAUUUAAGAAGAAAAAAAAUACGAAGAAACGCUGCUUAAUCCGACAGGCCAAGUGACUGCGUGUCCGUUCGGAGUGGUUGCUGGAAAGAUUUAAUUGCAGAAAUGUGAUCUGAAUUAUGUAAAGAAGAUGAAGGAGGAGAAGACGUAAAAAGAGUAUUUUUACUAUUCGCGUUAUUAAAAUGCAAGGGAGUGUGAGCACGAGUGCGCGAUGACGGAUGCUGUUGUGUCUUUGAACUGACAAUAUAUAUUAUUCGCAAGGGUGAAUUUCUCUCAGCAAAGUAUACAUGCAUGCAAUAUAUUUACACGUGUGCACACAGACGCUUCUUUUGUGUAAAUAAAGGAAGUAAAUGUACAUAAAAAUGAUGUAGAGUGUAAGUGCAGGAAAAGCAUUCAUCUUCUUCACGUACAUGCCAUUGUUGAGAAACUGAUUAAUCGAGGAGAGCCUCUCAUUCCCUCGCUUCAGGGAUGCAAGGAGACUCUUUAACCCUUACAAAAUGUGUCAUGUUAAUGUAAAUAUAAAUGCCAAAUGCUGUCAUCUUGUUAAUUGAAAAAUAAUGUACGACGCGUUGGCUCACGGCGCGACACUUCUUGCAAUCGUCGAUUUAUUUUGUUGAUGAUCACACUGUUCUAUAUUUAUUAUACUGUAUAUAUUAUCUCAUAUCUUCCUACCGUGCACAACCUUUGUGAUUUAUAUCGAUGUAACUCUCAUUUAAUUUUCAACAAUUAAUGCCAUACACGUGACAUGUCAUUGUUUUGUAAAAAAAUGGAGAAAAAAUAUAAUAUACAUCU